AUGGCCAUCAGCUGGAAGAUCUGCUUCUUCACUCUCGUAUUGCUUCCCAUGGUUACAGCAACCCAUUCCAACUGCAUCAUUAAAAAGGAGCAAGAGACAUGUCUGGAGAAGAUACGGAGGGCAGCUGCCCUGAACCCUCUCAAUGAUUCUUCUCCAGGUUGCCCAGGAAUGUGGGACAAUAUCACAUGCUGGAAACCUGCAAGUGUGGGUGAAAUUGUCUUUGUCAAGUGUCCUGCACUGUUCAGAUUUAUCAUCUCUGAAGAUGGUUGGGAAGUAGAUAACUUGGGGCAAACCCAUGCAGGUGAUUAUGACCUGCUGGAAAGCACAGCCCAGUCUCCCUUAGGGGACAUCAGCAGAAAUUGCACUGAAGAUGGCUGGUCUGAACCUUUUCCUCAUUAUUAUGAUGCCUGUGGCUUUGAUGAAAAUGAAACAGAGUCUGAUAACCAGGAUUACUACUAUCUCUCUGUGAAGGCUCUGUACACGGUGGGAUACAGCACUUCUCUUGUUUCCCUCACCACUGCCAUGGUUAUCCUGUGCCGUUUCAGGAAGCUUCACUGCACUCGAAAUUUUAUCCACAUGAACCUCUUUGUUUCAUUCAUCCUGCGUGCAAUAUCUGUAUUCAUUAAAGAUGGGGUUCUUUAUGCUGAACAGGACAGCAACCACUGUUUUAUCUCAACAGUGGAAUGUAAAGCAGUAAUGGUGUUUUUUCACUACUGUGUCAUGUCCAACUACUUCUGGCUUUUCAUUGAGGGAUUGUACCUUUUCACUUUAUUGGUAGAAACCUUUUUCCCAGAGAGGAGAUAUUUCUACUGGUACACUAUUAUUGGCUGGGGUACCCCAACAAUUUGUGUCACUGUCUGGGCGGUGCUGAGACUUCACUUUGAUGAUACUGGCUGCUGGGACAUGAAUGACAACACUGCCUUGUGGUGGGUGAUCAAGGGUCCUGUGGUUGGAUCAAUCAUGAUAAACUUUGUGCUUUUUAUUGGCAUAAUUGUGAUACUUGUGCAGAAACUCCAGUCACCUGAUAUUGGCGGCAAUGAAUCCAGCAUUUACUUGAGACUGGCUCGCUCUACACUACUGCUUAUCCCCUUGUUUGGAAUUCACUACACGGUGUUUGCUUUUUCUCCUGAAAAUGUCAGUAAGCGGGAGAGACUAGUGUUUGAAUUGGGACUGGGAUCUUUCCAGGGUUUUGUUGUUGCUGUUCUCUAUUGUUUCUUGAAUGGGGAGGUGCAAUCAGAAAUAAAGAGAAAAUGGAGGAGCUGGAAAGUCAACCGGUAUUUUGCUGUGGAUUUCAAACAUCGUCAUCCUUCUCUAGCGAGCAGCGGAGUGAACGGGGGGACACAACUCUCCAUUCUGAGCAAGAGCAGCUCUCAGAUUCGGAUGUCCAGCAUAAAUGCGGAGAACCUAGCGACAUGA